AUGUCUUGGAUUGCCAACUAUCCUGAACAGCUUCUGAUUGCCUGUGUCUUGUCAAAGAACUUACCAAUCUCACUUGCAACUGCUGAACAGUUUGGUGACACAAUAUGUCAGCCACUUUGUGUUUGUCAACACACACUUCAAGGUAUACAAGAUGCAGUUGCAAUAUAUGACCCAUGUGAUAUCACUGCAUUCCAUAAAUUUUGCCUUACAAAGCAUCUGAAUGGCAUCAUGGAGCCAUUCUGGAAGGUGUGGGGCAACAUGUGCCCAUCAUGCUUCCUUACCCCUGAAGCCCUGCACCAGUGGCAUAAAUUUUACUUUGACCACUGUUUGCAGUGGGUGAUCAAUAUUGUCAGGGGUGAGGAGGUCAAUUGUCACCUUGCAGCCCUCCAACCAAGGAUAGGAACAAGACACUGGGCAAAUGGCAUCUCCAAACUCAAACAAUGCACUGGAUGCAAACACCAUGACCUGGAGAAAGUGCUACCAGCUGUAGCAGCAGGAGCAUUGCCAGAUGAUGUGCUUUGUGCUUUACAUGCAAUCACAGAGUUUAUUUUUCUUGCCCAAAGCCUCUUUCAUUUUGACAAGACAAUCCAUGCCCUGAAUGAGGCCCUCUGCAAAUUCCACCAUUACAAAUCCAGUAUCCUCACUGCUCAUGGCUGUGUCAGAACAAAUGGCCCCCUCAAUCACUUCCAAAUACCAAAGCUUGAGCUGGCUCAACAUGUUGCAUGGAGCAUAUGCAAAAUGGGCAUGCCUUAUCAGUGGAGCAGUGAUAUAACUGAAUGCUGUCACAUUAUGCAUGUCAAGGUGCCAUACCAUUUCCAGUGUUGCCAAUUUCUUGAUUGA